AUUCUGAAGAGUAUCCCAAAACUAACAGAAAAUUUUAUACACUACCAUUUCGCAUUCUCUCUCUCUUUCUCUCACACACACACCACAUCGCACAAACAAAUCAACAACAAAACAAAACCCUAUUUUUCUAACUUCCUUCUACUCAUAACAACACACUCAUUUUCUUUCUCUCAACAAAAACAAAAACCAACCUCAUUCCCAAAACAAACAACACUCUCCACAAUUCAACAACACUUUGCGAUAAAACUCGAAACGCAUUCUCACAACAACAACAACAACACUCUUAUUUCAAAACGGUUAUCGAAACGGUUGCGUUUCUUUAAUCCUUAUCAUCGAUUAAUCAAAAUCACUCACUCGCUUUAAAAAACUCUCUAGGGUUAUCGAAACCAUCUCUCUCUCUCUCUCUCUCGCUUUCGUUUUUCGAUUCCCAAAAUUCUCUCCCUCUCUCUCUCUCUGGAACCCUAGGUUUUGGAAUAGUUACUAUUGCACGUGCGUGUAAUUCUAGGGUUUCUCUUUCGUGACGCAUUUUUCACCCUGUAUAGGGUUUUCAAUCGGUUCAUAAAUUCGUGCUUAAUUCUUUGGAUGGUUUCGUUAAUCGAUUGUUAAGAGUUUCAUCAUUGUUUUCGUAUUGUGCUUUUUGGUGUGAGAAUCGAUUUUCUCUACGGAGAGAGAUAGAGAUUAUGAUUCUCUGAUUUUUCUAGGUUUUGGUUGAAUCAAUCUUUCUAAUUGAAGAUGGAGGUUUAGAGAACCUUUUCUUUUACGGCAUUGUCUUGUGUUUCGAGAUUGCGGCGUUGUUGGAGCCGUUACAACCGUGAAUUUGGGAUUAAUUUUUUAGGGUUUCUAGAACUGAGGGAAAAUGAGGGGUGAAUAGUUUAGGUUAGUAUUCAGAGUAUAACAGCGGUGUUGUUUUAGGGUUGGGGGUGGUGAAGGUGGUUCUGCAUUUUUUUGGGUUGAUUCUGAUGAUGUUCAGUUUUCAUUAUGGAAAAAAGUGAACCUGCUUUAGUUCCACAAUGGUUGAGAAGUGCUGGAAGUGUUGCCAGUUCAUCCCCCCAUUUUGCAUCUUCUUCUAAUCAUACCGAUUCUCAUAGUGUAGCCAAUCAUACAAGGAAUAGAUCUUCUAAGACAGCUGGUGAUUUUGAUAGUCCUCGUUCCGUGUUUCUUGAACGAACAUUUUCGUCAAAUUCUCGGAGGAGUGCUAUCAAUGGCUCUGCAAAGCAUGCUUACAGUAGUUUCAACAGAAAUCAUCGUGAUAAGGACCGUGAUAGAGAUAGGGAUAGAGAUAAAGAUAGAUCCCAUUUUUUAGACCACUGGGAUCGUAACUGUUCUGAACCAUUGGCUGACCUCUUCGCUGGAAGGACAGAGAGGGAUACUUUGAGGCGUUCUCAUUCAUUGGUCUCCAGGAAGCAGAGUGAGCCUGUGAACCACAGAGGGACAGUAGAUACAAAAUCUGGUAGCAAUUGCAACCAGAGCAACGGCAAUGAUGUGCUUUCUGGGGGUAGUAUUGGCAGCAGCUUUCACAAAGCUGUUUUUGAUAAGGAUUUUCCAUCACUUGGAGGAGAUGAAAGGCCGGGUUCAGCUGAAAUAGGCAGAGUUGCAUCUCCUGUUUUGGGUUUGGGUGGUACUGCCAGUCAAUCUCUACCUGUUGGCAGUUCAUCUUUGAUUGGCGGAGAAGGAUGGACUUCUGCACUAGCAGAAGUACCUUCUAUGAUUGGAAGCAGUAGUACUGGGUCUCCAACAGCGCAACAAACUGUUACUCCAACCUCUGGGUCUGUACUUUCAAGUACAUCAGUUGGUCUUAACAUGGCUGAAGCUUUGGUGCAGGCUCCAUCUCGAUCUCAGUCAAUUCCUCAGGCUUCGGUCAAAACCCAAAGGCUUGAAGAACUUGCUAUUAAGCAGUCAAGACAGUUGAUUCCAGUGACACCAUCAAUGCCUAAGGCUUUGGUUAAUAAUUCUGAAAAAUCUAAGCCGAAGGCAACACUCAGAAAUUCCGAGAUGAAUAUGGUUGCCAAGAGUGUGCCACAGCAACCCUCUGCAUUGCAUAUUGUUAAUCAUUCUGUCCGCAAUGGAAAUGCCAAAGUUGUUGAUGCUCCAAAGACAUCUGGAAAGUUCACUGAUCUUAAAUCUGUGGUAUGGGAAAAUGGUGUUUCUCCUACGGCGAAGGAUGCUUCAACUCCAACAAAUUAUUCUAACAGCAAACCCGGAAAUCAUCUGGCUGUUCCUUCUGCAGUUGCUUCUGCGCCUUUGAGGAACACCAAUAACAUUAAAUCCACCACAGAGCGGAAACCAGCUUCUUUGGACCUGAAAUUAGGUUCCACUGCAGAUAAGAAACAGUUUGCUUCUCAAGUGAAGAGCCGACAUGAUUUCUUCAAUCUCAUUAAAAGGAAAACUCUGAACUCCUCAGUUCUUCCGGAUUCUAGCUCCGUGGUUUCAUCUGCCACAUCUGACAAAUCUGGUGAAGUGAAUAUGGAAGCAGUUGGACCCCCUGCAAGCCUUCAAGAUCUUGGAAAUAGUACUGAAAUGACUAGCAAUGGUAAUGCCCAUUUGGAGAAUCACAGACUUCCCAACAUCAGAUUGAAAGAUUCAACUCCUGAUGAGGAAGAAGUUGCAUUUCUUCGUUCUCUUGGCUGGGAGGAGGAUUCUGGUGAUGAGGAUGAAGGCCUCACAGAAGAGGAGAUCAAUACAUUUUAUCAGGAGUGCUUGAAAAUGGGCACCACCACAUUAAAGCUAUGCCCAGGCAUGCAGCCAAAGUUGUCCAAAUUUUUUGAAUCUUAUGCUACUAACUUGAAUGGAGCUUCUGCUGGGUCGAGUACUUCCGACUCUGGAUCUGAAGUUUGAACUAUUGGUUGUAUCAUGAAUAGAUCCUGGCUAGUAACAUUCUUCUCUUUUGAUUUUAUAGAAGGCUGGUGAUUUGGGAGGGAAAAAAGAGGGUGGGUUUUGUUUGGAACCAUGCGUUUGCAAAUAUUGCAAUAAGUUACAGGUGCCUCAAGCCUGCCUGCCUGCUUAACAGGGGAUUUUUUUUGUUCUGAGGCGUGGUAAAAGUAAUAGGUUGGUUGGGUAGGUAGUAGCGUAGGGGUUAUUUUGUCUGCAGGAAGGUUCUGGGCAAUUUCAUCUUUUGGGGUACUUUCAUAUACGUUUUUCUUUCAAGAGGGUUUGAUUUUAAAUGAUAAAAGUUUAUGACUUUUUUUGGUAAAUUUACAAACAAACAAAAUUAAAAGUUUAUCAAUUUAAGUUCUUGUUGA